GGCGGAUGCUGGUGUUGUUGGCCGCGCUACACGCCAACUACCGAUAUCGGCGAAGCGCUACCGGGGCAGCGUCCUGCCCAGCGAUCGCGGGCAUGGCACGAGCGGCCUAGGCGGUUUGCCAGAGGCAAGAGGCAGCCCACCGGCAACCCCAACGCUUGGGCAGCCGCGUUGUUAGCCAGGCAGCAGCCGCAAGACCAAAAUGGCGACGCGCAUCAAGGACGGCAUCUUCGUGGCCGACGGCGAGUCCAGCCAGGACGGCGAAUUCGUCGAGAUGAACAAAAUAUCGUACGUGAUCAAUUGCGCGGGAAGACAGCUCCCGAACCUGUGGGCGCCGCACGGUAUUCGCUAUUUGACUUUCUCCUGGGAGGACGAGCCGUCGUACCGACUCUUCGACGCGCACGACACGGGGCGAUGCGUCGUCGCGGAGCAGAUCUGCGCCUUUGUUGACGAAGCCCUUAUAUCUGGCGAGGCGGUUUUGAUCCAUUCGCUGCGAGGUACUGGAAGAGCAGUAGCUUGCGCACUGGCCUACCUGAUGCACAAGUACGAGUGGGGCCUCGAGAAGUCGUUGGCGUUUGUGCGAUCGAAGCGCGCGGACGCGGCCCCCAACCCGGGCUUCCUGAAACAGCUCGCGGCGCUCGAUCGACGCUUACAAAAAGCGCGCUGUCGGAAAAUAGAAAGACUCCCGGCGAAGAAACGGAGGCAGGCCUAUGAGGACGCGCAAAGACGCCUAGAAGCAUGGGACGCGACGCCGGCAAGGAUCCAAUCAUGGGACGCGGUCGUCGAUAAGGACGCGGAAGAACUGGUCCAGGACGAGGAAGAGCUAGUGAAUAGCUUCUUCAACGCGAAGUGCAACGUCGACGUCGCGAAAUUGCGGAGCGCUGCGCACGAGAUGGCGCACGCCGCGACCAGGCUAAGGUGGGUCGACCGGCGGGACGCGGGCAUGCGGGGCGUCGUGAGCGGCCCGUCGGGGAGUGGGAGGGGCCCGAAUCUGAAAGCGCCGCCCCCCCGACGCGGCAUCCUCAAGAAGACUUCUCAGCCAUCCAACCCAGGCUUGAAGAAGAGCCCCGUCGCAUCCGAUAGACCGACCUUCGCGUCGCGACCUGUGGUGGUUGAUCCCUACGCGGACGAGGUCGACCCCUACGGCCGCGGGUUCUCGUCGCCGUCCGAGGACGGCGCGCCGUCGCCCGACGAGCGCCUCAAGGCUAUUGUUAGGGAUGUGGAACUACUAGGCUCGCCGCCGCGGCGCGAAGCUAGACGGCGUGCCGAGAAGCCGCGGAGUUCGGGACGGACGACCUUCGACGGGACGACGCUGCCUCCAACCAAACGGCCGCCGUCGGCAGAAAAGCGGCGCCGGAAGAAGACACCUGUCAAGGCGCGGCCCGGCACGCCCGCGGCGCAGUCCACCACAAAGUCGCGGCGGACGCCGCCGCCGGGGCCCGCCGGGCCCGCGCCCGUCUUCAGCGGCGCCAUCGCGUCGGGGCUGCGGCGGCAGAAGCGGCGGUCGAUCAAGUCUGGGGACUUCGACCCGCUCGCCCAGACCUACUCCGCGCCGCGGCCGUCGCAGCGGCGGCCGACGUCGGCGCCCGCGCCGCGACGGCGACGCGCGCCCCCGGUGUCCGGCGGCCUCUUUCCGGCGACGCUCCUCGCCGGCUUCAACGAUCUUAUGAUCCGCGGCGCGACGGACGACUCCUGGGGGCGGCCCCGGGCCGACGUGCACCGCGCGUACGCGCCGCCGCCGGCGCACGUGUCUCGCAUCCGGCGGCCGCGGCCGGCGUCGACGUUCUAG